UGGACCUUUCCCAUCCAUCCAAGAAGGCAAAGAACCAACCAACCAAUCCCCAAAACCAAGAAGGCAAGAACCACCACGGCACCGGCAGUCCGCUACAUGGAGGCCGCAGCCUCCGCCCUUCUUCUCCUCGGCCUCAGCGCCAGCCUCGCCGCCUUCGCCUCGGCCGCGGCUCCGUAUGACCCGCCGACGGUGCCGGAGCUCAUGGACCGGUUCGGCCUCCCGCGCGCGCUGCUCCCGGAGACGGCCCGGAGGUACCUCCUCCACGCCGACGGCACCUUUGAGCUCUUCCUCGACGACGGUUGCGUGGUAGAGGUGGGGGGCUACCGCGUCGGCUACGACGUCGAGCUCUCCGGCACCGUGUCCCCCGGGACGGUCACGGGGCUCGAGGGCGUCCGCGUCCGCGUGCUGUUCGUCUGGGUGCCCAUCACCGGCGUCCAGGUGGCCGGCGGAAAGGUCACUGUCCACAUCGGGCCAGUCAGGAAGUCGUUCCCCGCCGUUGGGUUCAAAUCCAGCCCCCAGUGCACCAUCGGAUCGGCGGCGCCGGCGGCAGACAUGCACCCCAGUUUGCUGUAGACUUGUAGUUCAACAAGGAACAAGGGAGAUGUAAUUUGCAUCACAACUUCAAUUUAGUGAGUUUGUUGCACAAAAGAUCAUGCACUUUCAUGUUGAACGCUGAAAUAGCAACUGAGGUUAUCGCGCAAAAGAUCAUGUGUUUUCAUGUUAAGGCUAAAAUAAAAUGUUCAUGAAAAUUUUAUUGAAUAGAAAGAAGUAAUGAAAACAUAAAAAAAA